AUGGUCUCCGAGUCUGAAGAGGACAGCAAAAAACAGUGGGCGCUCAAUACGAAGAACAUCUUGUGGACGACCAAUUUCGAUUCAACCCAAUUCUCCCAAGCCCUCUACCAGGGGCGGCUGAAAUAUGACUCCAUUGAUGCUGCGCAAUUUGCAGAUUAUCUAAUCGCCGCUGGCACGCGAAGAGUGGCCGCGCCGAGAGCGCUACAAUGUCUGCAGAUGGUCCUCUUUUGUGAGAACUUUACCCUGCCCGACCUGCUCGACAAGCUCACCCAGUUCGAAAAAUUCGAAUACGAGCAGGCGAUCGCGUCUAUCUUUGCCGUUUUCCGGAAUAAUUUGGGGAACUUUCGGUGCGAUCCGCAGGACAAAGAAGCUUGUCUGAGAUUUGCGGACUCGGUGCUUAAUUUUUUCGGUUGGGCUGCAAAAGGUAUCGAGUACUGCGUCAGGGAAGAACUGGAGGAUUCAUUAGACAUUUUCGUCGUCGAGCUGAGCAGCUACAUCCGGGAAAACAUCAUCUACAGCCUACUGCAAUACUGUUGGGACCAGCCGGAAAAAGUAGCCCUCGUCAUGGGUCCGAUCAACGCCGCCCUCGAGCAUUCCCCGGAGCAGGCCAAUCUCAAGCAGCUUCAUUUAGAGCUGACAAAUACCUUCAAAGAAAGCCCAUACAUCCCCGACCAUGAUUUGGACAAUCCUAUGAAUCAGUCCCCAGCAGCUAUCCGUACGCUCGCCAGUAUCUUUGCCAGUUUCCGAGUGACCGCAACGGUUGGCGAGAUCGUCCAAACGCUUCAAAUGAUCGCCUCAACCUUGAAAACGGAAUCGAAGACGAUGAUCAAGGAGUUCAUCUACACGUGUCUGUUGAAGCAUCUCGAUCCAACCAAAUCAAUCUUCGUCGACUCCUUCUUCCUGCUGAAACUCCCACGAAUCUUGGCCAUGAUCCGAAACGAUAUUUCGUGGCCGAUCGAAAGUAUGGAAGCGAUCCUGCAAGAGGUGCUGAUCGAGGGGAAGCACAUUCUCGACGCAUAUCAGGACGAGCUGCCGUUGCAGGUGUUCUUGUUCAUGCUCACCGAAACUGGCGUCAUCUCGAAGGCAUUUUCGGAUCACGUAGCAAAAGCUAGAUCGCCCCAUCACCAAAAAGAUCAUAAAAAUCAUCUAAUUUGGAAGGCGAUCGAGGCCCGAAAUACGAUUACAAAGAUGUGGAACAGCCAGAAAUUCCUCGAAAUCCUUUCCCAUAUGGUCAACAACGGUGGGGUUUCCUUCGACACCGUGUGCACGACCUUUUGCGCCUCGGACAACAUGCUGAAUUUCAGCUCCAAAAUCGCAAGGGCAAACCUUGGUUCGGAGAAGCCAACACCAGGCGCGGACCCCGAGGAACGGGCCAAGACAUUCGAUCUCACUUUCCACUUAUUAUAUCGUAUGCGACAGACAUUUAAUAACCUGACGACCGAAGAGAUCGUGAGCGGGGGCUCGGAAAUGUUGGAAGAGGGUAUCUUCUACAAAUGGGACAUCCAGUGUGUGCGACGAUUAGGGCAGAGACCUGUCAUCGAAAAGAGCAGCGCCGAAGAAAUGGAAAAGCACCGCGACAAGGUGAUGAUGCUUCGGGAAUCUGGCCGAUUUUGGGACCCAGCGACAGCAGCCUACGGCGACGUUAUCAAUAUGAUCCCCGUGAUUUGCGACAUCAUCAUCACGCAGUAUUCAGAAACGAACGCCAAGCAAUUCGAGGCCGAGUAUCGGCAAAUUAUUACCAACAUUUUCAACGCCUCGUCGUUUUUGAUGAUCUGUAUCAUUCACUGGUUGGACAUGCAGCCAGAUUCCGAGGCAAAGAUGGUGAUGGCCCGCACGCUUCAUGAUUGCAUGAACGAGCUGAUCCAAACCGAUGCCAACCCGAUGCCACUGUUCGUGCGCAACUCCUGUCAACAUCAAAUCGACGAGAUGCUCUCCGGACCCGCAUUUAUCGAAUCGAUGGCAUACACCGUCAUCGCGAUGUCUGAUAGGAAAUUGACGCCGCUGCGCAGUAAGGAAGUCCCGGAAAGACACUCGCUCAAAUGCGCAUGGUUCUAUAUACAAAAGCAGGCGUGGGUGUCUCCGCCAGCACUCAAACUCUUGGACCACUGCAAUAGGGAGGGCGUCCAGAAGCUGUGGAUUGAGGUUUUCAUGCACAACAGUCUGCGGAACCGAACGGCCGACGAGCUGUUAUGUGCUGGAGAACUGAUGCUAUCAGCAGCGCUGCUAGACCCGGCCAGAUCACUUGUUUCACUCACGCAAUGCGUUGUCGACUAUUUGGUCCCCGAGGAAGAGGAAAACGCGACCAAAAUAUUCUAUGAAUGCCCCCAUGCUCUGCCAAUGGCACGAUUGCUGGCCAAUCUCCUUAUCGUCGCUGAGUGGGUGAUCAGCGAAGGAAGACGGCGAGCCAACGAUACCCAAACAGGCGAGCCUGAACCAAAACGCCGGAGGGAGGGAAAUUCCAGCUACUUCCCAGAAUCAGAACGCAAGGUGAUCCAGGAACUGGCCGAAAAUGUGGAGAUCGCCAUUGUCAAGCUAUCACGGGUAAGUGAAGGGUUACUGACGCCGGUGGUCACGUUCAUCUCGCAUCUUCUCGUUCAAAUAGCAAACCAAAGACCGGGCGAGAAGGAACCCGCCUACGAAGCUUGGCUGGCGCUGGCGAGAAAAAUCCCUAUCGGCAUGCUAAAAAACCUGGUCGUCCUCGAGCCAUACGCAGUCACCUUGCAACUAUUCGAAGUGUUCUUGAAACUGCACGAUCCCAGUCGCUCCGUCGAGCGCCUCCAAUUCAUUUUCCUCGCACAACAA